GUCAAAGCAGAAAAAGAAUGUGCUCCUUCAGAUGGGCAUAAUAUUUUUUUUGUGUAUGCCAGAAUGCAUGCAAAGAAUAAGAAACUCUCAGAAACACACUGGAGUGUCCUGGAUGCUGCAAUGCUUGGUGUUUUCUGGUAGAAGGCACAAUUGGCAACACAGCCAGCAAGCAGAGAAUCCUAUUGUUUGUUGGAAGUUGUAGUUGCUGGAAAUGGUGGGGGAGUGGUGGAAAGACGCACAGAACACAUGUCCUGAGAUCAGGCAACAACUUUUGAAAGAUGGCUUUCAUAGAGAACUCCUGAUUAAGGUAAACCUUGGUACAUCUGAUGAAGCCAUAGGAAGUUGCAUGGUGGCAAUUAAAGUACACCUUCCAAAAGGAUUAUAUGUGGAUCCCUAUGAACUGAUGUCUUUACAAAAGCACAAUCUCACUGAGGCACUGGUGAUUGUAGAUAAUGUAGAUUUGGAAGUUCCUGAGUACUUAGCUACUGAACUUUCUCUCCUCAUUUAUAUGAAACCUGACCCUGAAUGUAUUUCCUGUUUUAAAGCAUUAUUACCUCUGCAUUGCCGGUAUCAUCGGCCAGCAGAGAGUGAUGGAAACAUCUCUGCUGUACUGAAGACUCCAGAAAUAUUGAUCCAUUGCCAGAAAUCCUUCAACCCGGUGGAAUGUUUGAAAGAAACUAAUAUAGAAGCUCCAUGUUCCUCAAAGAAUAUACAUUUGUGUCACUGGAACAGCAUAAGGUUCAAAAUGGUAAACGAAAAACUGAAAGUGCAGAUACCAGUUGGGCUCAAACAUCACCUUACAAUGGUAUGCACAGUGACUCUUGUCAGCACAAUAUUGUGUUCCAGUCUUAUCCUUUCAGCUUUAUGCAAGCAUGGACACUUCUCCUUUGUUCAAAGCACACUGUGAAACUAAGCAGGAUUUUAUUAUUGAAUCAUAAUGAGAAAACGGAACUGUCUAAAUACACCAAACAAACCAGGGAUGGGAACAGAAGACCAGGCUUAUGAUUGGCCCAGCAUUACGCUUUGGGAGCAGGCCCAUUUUUUUUUAUUAUUUGAAUGACUGUUUGCUUAGCUGUAUAGCUUCUGAGUCAUUUUCCCUCCAGGAGGGUAUACAUGUUUUCUGAAUAGGCUGAUCCUGAAUCAGAUAAGGGCAACAUAUUCAUGCCAUCUAAUUAUGUGAUAAUGGAAUGGGAGUUAUAUUUUUAAUCGUUGGAAAAAUAAUCCAAUUCUUAUUCUAUGAAUGUUCAAUAAUAGAAAUGGGCCAAACAGACAAAACUGAAUUCUAAGUGGCAAUAGCACUUUAGAAGAAAGCUUUAAGUGUUUGUUUUGUAAACUGGAUAACUAUGACACUGAGUGGGGAUAACAGAAUGGGUAGAACUAUUCCAAGUACUGAGGAAACAGUGGAUGUAAAUCAUUAGUGAUGAAAAUGCAAGGAAAUACAGAGAGGACAUUGCUUCAUUAAUGGAAAAACUGAGCAGCUCAUUCCUUAAUUCUUCUAUUCUCAACGAGCCUUACAUGUCACUAGGGGGCAUAAAGUGGCAGCUAGUAUGUAAAACAGUUCAAAGGGAAGAUGUGCCAUCUCCCAUAUUUGUAGACAGUAUUGAAUAACUAUGAAUUCCCAUAUGAAAUAAAAGUAGAAAAUACCUCAUUCACAAAUUCUGUUUCUGUAAUGUGCAAUUUCAUUUUAUGGCCUGAGUUUGUGUAGUUUGGUUAUUUCUCACCUGUGCUGGCCUCCCUUGUCUAUGAAUUAUCUAGCAUUCUUGUUGGAUCUACAAUGUGUAAAAAGCUUGUUUUGUAUCAUC